AUGGGUAAAGGAUCUUUCUUUGGCAGACUCAAAAUUGGCAAAAAGACACGAAAUGCCAAACUUCUAGCGCAACCAAACCAAACACAAUCCCCUCAAUCCCUCGGAAAUACUUCUAGUAACUCGUCAGCUUCUUCGUUCCCUCGAACACCAACCGAAGAUACGAGCAAUGAAGGCCGAGGCAUCUUCCGGACACUAGAGGCCGUCUGGUAUUUCCGUACAUCGCUCAUUGCAGAUUCUCCUUACAGAAACGAAUGGACUCAGUUUGAUGCUCAGAGCCAGAUUAUGCUCACACAAGCAGCAUUGACCAGCACCACAUGUCUUCUGCCUCUCAACGCAAGUUUGGGAUCAUGUAAUAUCUCAUUUGCCAAAAAACCCAAUCGGGGUCGGUCCAUACCGUUGACAUCGAGUAUCCAGACAAAUGAUCCAGAUUGUGAGACCAUUAGGACACUUGAAAUUGAUGUCGACGUCCGCCAGAUAGUAUCUCCAGUGUGGUGGUAUGAGGACAAUGCCUACGACGGUACAAAGGAGAUGGCCAGAUUUGAUUACAAGAACCAGGUCCGGCUAGAAGCACUUUCGGACGACAAGGAUAGCUUGAUUCUAACCGACGCGGCUUUUCCUCAAUCUUUCACCGUCGUACUGGGCUCUUCCAAAUCUCGACAAGCCCAAGAGGAGUGGCGUGGAUUUAUGCAUCUCCAUCCCGCACCGCCCAUUGAAUACAUCUAUGAUAAUAUAAUGCCCCCAGAAACCGGAAAUAUUGAAAGAUAUUAUGAUGACAAACGCUCUACUGCCUUUGAACAGUUUCUUGAGUUUGAUGUGCCUCUGCAACGUCAUUUCUCAGUUUAA